AUGGCCCUCCUUAACCCGACCUUUGUGUUUGGAAUCCUAGUCCUUCUCUAUCUCUCGACCUUUGUUUUAUUUGCCGUAAUACGAAUCAUCACCGGCCUCUCGAUCCAGCGCAUAGGCUAUUUUUCCUUCAGACGACUGUCCUACACCCCGCGCGAUGGCAUACGAAUCGACAUCAGAGGCCUCGGCCUCAACGUCCACCGACCGACCUUUUCCCAGCCCACCUGGCUCAGCAUAGUCGUCAGCGAACUCGCCGUUACCGUCGAUAUCAAGGAGUUGGAAGGGAAUAAGGCUGCGGGGCUGGCAGCAGGCAGCGAGGAUUCGGACUCGGAUAGCGAUGGCGAUAACGAAAAGACGAAGCUCAAUGGCGCGGCUUCCACUCCUCCGGCUGCUGAAUCGAUGAAGGUGCCGAAAAUCACGAGGCGCGAGACCAUGUCGGCUGGGAGGAGUAAGACUUGGAAGCGCCUGACCAAGAUAAAAGAGAAGCUGAAGCUGUUGCACCGCAAGGUGAACUGGCUUCGGAUGGUGGAUGUGGUUGCGACCAAUUCCUCGGUCAACAUUGUCGACGUGGGCAACGUGCAAGUGGGCAGUUUUACCGUGGCGGUUGACACGAGGUCGAAGAUGGUCGACCGGGCGCGCUUCUUCUUGCAAGGGAAGGCAGAGAGGAGCCGUCAGAAACAGCAAGCGGAGUGGAUUGUGACGCUGAGGAGUGUUCUUUUCACGGCCAAUGGGGGAGAAUCGUUGGAGGUUUUGGACAGCGCCACCCUGAACAUCCACGGCUAUUUAUACGAAGCCCUCGACGGUCUCCGCGACGCCGCCAUUUCGCUGAAGCUCGGCCGUCUACAUGUCCCAUAUGACGAUGUCAGCCACAGCGCGAAACUGUCCAAGCAGAUCAAGAGCCAAUGCAAUCAGGAGUUUGCCCAAUCCGAUCCUAUGGGCGUUAUUGUCGAUCAGGUGAUGCAGGAGAUCGAUGUACCGGGGAGCACAACGAACCACGAGCUGAUGCAGACCGUUUCCGACUCGAAGGAGCUUGUCAGCUCGAUCCUUAGGGGCAUCAAGGAGGUUCAGUUUGCUGUCAGCUAUGUUGGUCUGACUAAAAAGAUUGACCACGUUCGUCCUGGAGGAAAUCCUGUGCUUCUAAACGCAUCCAUGAAGGAGGUGGGCAUCGACCUCCACCGGCUCGACCCCAAGUCCUCAGCACAUAGGAUGUAUUUUCCCUCAAAAGAUACUGCCCACGAAGCAUUGGCUGCCGCGUUGUCAGUAUCCAUCGGCCUCGACGAUGGACAUGGCAAGCCCGAGAGGAUCAUGUACAUCCCCAUGGCCACCACCACCGUUCGGACGACCCUCCCCUCUAAAACAGUCGAGCUCACCCACGAGGGCACCGCUGAGCAGCGCAAUGCCAACAUUUUAUUCGCCAACUCGGUCGUUACCUCACCAUCCGUCGACCUCGAUCCUCGACACCUCCCUCUUCUUAUAGCUAUGCUACGACGAAAACCAAAAGCUCCCAAAUCCGAACCGCAGACACGGCACAUGCUCAUCUCACGCCUCCUCCCCAAGGCCAACAUCAAAUUCUCCAUGCACGAGCCAGUAGUGAGAAUAGCACUCCCGCCGGUGCACAAAGGCGCUGAUCCAGAUGAUUUUGAUCUGAUUAUAUCAUCCAUCUCGUCCAUUUCACUGGAUAUGGAGUCGUUCCAUUCUACGGUCGACCAGCUUCACUACAGCCUUGCGGCUACUAUGCGGCUACAAACUCACCAUCUUUACUACCAGACCUCGGCCGGAAACGAAAAGAUUGAUCUUCUCGAGACGGACUCGUUUGAUCUCAAAAUUCAGCUUAGCGCCUCGCCUAACGUCCAGGUGGUGGCGACGGGCAAUCUGCAGACUUUCUCGCUGAAGAUGGUCAAAGAUGAGAUUGGGGACGGUCUGAGGCAGAUUGUACGACAGUUGCGACUGGACGUCGAGCCGGACAAGAGGGCUUCGUCAAAGACAGCGAGGCACUCUAAUUUCCUGCGCGCGAUGCCGGCGUGGCUGUUGCACUUUCAGCUGUCCUGCUCAGACUUCAGUGUCGAGGUGGCGGGUGUGGACAAGGACAUCUCUGACGAGACGAGGGGUCUGGCGAUUCAGCUGGAUACGUGGACGACCGAAUACCGCGCCCAGAGGCUUGACAAUCUUCAGAGGAGGCCGUCUAGACGACGGGCGAGCAGUCGGGGGAUGAUGUCGCCCGAGACUGAUCUUUUGAAGACGAUUCCGAUGUCUCCGAGGAAAAAGUAUCAUCAUGAUGGGGAUGGGAGGAGGAUAUCGCUUCAUGUGAGGGGGUUUGAAGCCUACAUGAUUGAGGCGGAGGAUAAGUGGGAAGUGGAGCCGUUUUUGAAUAUUCCCAAGUUGGAGCUGGCGUUUUCGACGCUGAGUGACAACCAGGGGCCGGUGUUUCAUGUUCAUUCGCAGAUUAGGACGGUGUUGCUGCAGUACUCGCUUUAUAGGCAUUAUGCUGUUGCUGUGGCGGUUGCGGUGUUGAGGAAGGCGUUUGUGAGGACGAAUGCUGCUGGGGGGCCAAGCCCGGCGACACCGGUGGUGAUGGUGCCGAGUACGCCCAAGAUGGGUGCGAAGAGGCUGGUGGUGGGACACUUGUCGCCGCCUUCUGCGGGGGGGACUAUUCCGGAGCUGUCGCUUGAUGGGGAGGUCGCGAGGUCUUUUGUUCAAGAGUUGGUGGCGGUUGAUUUCAAGGCGACGUUGAUCCAGAUCAAGGCGGAUUUACCUUCUGAUCCCCAGGUGAUGUUCCAGAUAUGUAACUUGGAGGCGGGGAGACAUCGCUGGUCGCCACCGUUUUUGCAUGCGAGGUUGAUAAGGCUCUAUGCGGAAGCGCCGAGGAUGAGGAGGGUCUGGGCAAGGAUCAUCAGCGUCAAGAACGUGAGGUUGGACUACCGGGAGUCGAGGAAAAAGUUUACGGGUGGGCAGGUGCAGGAUGAGAGGAUGUUUGAUGUGGUCUCGGAGACGAUCAGGGUGGCGGUGCCGCAUGAUUUGGUGGUGUACAAGAUUACGGACAAUUUUGUCAACUCGAUCAAGUCGGUGCAGCAGCUGCAUCAUCGGUUCAAGACGGGGACGAAUGAGUAUAUUCUGGAUAAGGGACCGGAGGGGCCGAGGAAUGUGCCCAAAGUCUCGCUCCGUACCAAGACGUUGCUUUUUGAGCUGGAGGAUGGGGCGUUUGAGUGGAAGUUGGGGGUGAUUUAUCGGGCCGGGAAGGUGGAGAUGAUGCAGAGGCAGGCGAGGGAGGAGGCGUUUAGGGUCAAGGUGAAGAAGAUCCAUGAGGAGGAGUCGAAGAAGGAGAGCGCCAAGUUGAGGACGAGGUCGGCGGCGUCGAGGGGGAAGACGAGGAUGUCAGGGGAUGGGGGGCCGAGGAGUAGGAGUAUUGGGGCUGAUCAGGGACGGUCUGGUGGGGGGGAGGGGAGGUUUAGGGGACGGGCGCCGAGGUAUGAUCCUGAGGGAGGGUGUUUGGGGAUCAGUGGGGAUGCCAGGAUCUCGAUCAAUGAAGCGAGAGAGAGGCUCAAUAUUCAUAACGCCAGAAGCUGGAAGCAGCGGAUUGAUCAGCAGUAUGAGCUGUCCAAGAAUGCCACCAAGGACUUGCACGCUGCGUUCUGGGGCCACAACGAGGUGCCGGAGGACUGGAACGACAGCGAAAAGAUUCUCGAGGUCCCGCAGCGGCCAGCGUUGAUGUCGGCGCUGCUUAGCGAUCUGCACAUCAUGCUCGACAAGCCGUCUUUCCCGAUGAAAGACCUGCCUGAUUUCUUGCACAAGGUCGGGAAGGGCAUGCCAAGGGAUAUGAAAUAUGCGUUGCUUGUCCCGAUGAGCGUCAGGAUCGAGAUGGGCGAGGCGAGGAUAUCUCUGAGAGACUACCCACUGCCGUUUAUCCAUGUUCCCUCGACCAAGUCAUCCCAAUCCACGAGAAUGCAGGCUCUGUCCAUGACGACGGACUUUGUCAUUGCCGAAGAGUACAGAGGACCAGAGUCGAUGAGAAAGAUCAAAGUCCAGAUUGUGCCAGGCCGGAAUCUGGAUUCAAUGGCAUCCAACCAGGGAAGCUUUGCGGUGGACGUCCGCAGGACCAUCGGGCCUGUCAAGACUUUCUCUGACAUGGUGAUUGAUAUCCAUACCAGCAAUCCAACGAGGAUCACCUGGGGGCCGUCGUAUCAGCCUGCGAUUCAGGACAUGAUGAUGGCGAUAGAGUCGAUGACGAAGCCGCAGCUUGAUCCAUCUGAAAAGGUCGGGUUCUGGGACAAGAUUCGGCUGAAUUUCCACUCCAGAGUUCGGGUGGCGUGGAGGGAGGGCGGCGAUGUCCACCUGGCGCUGAAGGGCAGUAGGGAUCCUUACCAGGUCACUGGGAACGGCGCGGGCUUCAUCAUGUGCUGGAGGAAGGAUGUCAGGUGGAAUAUUCACGCUGAUGAUGACCCGAAGCGGUUCAUGACGGUGGACAGCGGGGAGUAUGUCCUUGCCGUGCCUGAUUACAGCCAUCACGUCCGUGAAACGAGGAGGCAGCAUGGCGAGGAUGAGAGCUUUACCAGUGACAGCAGCUACAAAUCCGGCGCGGCUUUCAAAAAAGUGGUCAUGAAACUGUCCGGCAAGGUGCAAGUGAUGGCCGGACUGGUGUUUGAAAAGGCUAUUGUCAAUGGUGAGAGGAGCUUCGAGUUCAAGCCUCAUUACGAUGUCAUUCUCAAGGCGCCCCAUCUCGCCAAGGCGGAGAAUGGCGUGCCGUAUGAUGCCUUUCGCGGGUUCCGCAGUCAGCAUAUUCACUUGUCUGUUGCUGUUCGGGCGCCGGUUGAUCGGGAGUGGACUGGGUCUGUCACGGAACCGUCUCGCAGCUACAAUACGGUGCAUCUCACCCCGAGAUUCUUCACCCACUUCUUCGCCUGGUGGUCGCUUUUCUCUGGGCCGCUUUCUCUGCCUAUUCGACAGGGUGCUCUCUGGCCUGGAAGAGAGAAGAACAGCAAGAAGUUUGGGAGGCAUCUGGCUACGAUCAAGUACAAUGUUUUGCUGGCGCCGCUGUUCCUCAGUCACAUCUACAAGCACAAGGAUGUGGAGGACUACGCAGAGAAUUCUGUUUCUGCGACGGGUAUCAAGGUCCGGUUUGACAGCUGGAUGCUGGAUUUGCACAUGAGAAGGGAGGAGUUCACUACUCCCGAUCGCGGGCGGAACACCCAGUCUAGGACGAGCGGCAUGAGGAUACAUGCUGGCCAGCUGGAUCUUGUGUCUGCCGAUGUGAGGGCUGUGUCGGCUAGCAUUCGCGGCACCACGGCGGAUGCGGUGACCAAGGCUUCGCUGUCGAGCUAUAUCGGGGAUCAGGAACCUGAUGUGGCGGACGUGUCGAGGUUCACGAUUCCGGAUAAUGAUUCGCGGUGGAUUGACAUGGACGACUUUGUCGAGCUGGACUGGAUCCUGCCUACGGAGCUGAACCCAGACACCAAGAUCUUGCCGCUUGCGUUUGCGCCGAGGGUGACGUAUUUCCGGCAGACGGACAUUGGCGGGCUGAUUGAUGGUGAUCCGGACAGGACGACGCAUUUUGGGAAGGAGCCGACGCAUUUCUGCAUCAUGAGCCAUGAUGAUGACCCUAGGAGGGUGCAGAGUCAGCUUAUUCGGAGAAGGCUAGAGCAGAUUGAUCAGCAGGCGGAAAUUCACCGGCGCACGCUUGGGGAGAUUGAGCUGAGGAUGGUCAGGGGGGAUACCACCACUGCUGAUCUGGGAGCGGAGUAUGAGAUCUUGAGUCGGCAUACUGGUGUCUUACAUGGGAGGAAGGUUUUCCUCGAGGGGAUGUUGAGGGAGAUGACGCCCCGGGCUGCUUCGUGCAGUGAUGAGGAUGAGGAGUCGACUGCUACGGAGGGGGACCUUAACCGUCCCGACUACUUGCGCGGUGAUGAUUCGGAUGAGUCUGAGGUCACGGGCGAGUUUGCGAGUGACUUUAAGAACCGGUUCGUGGUGCAUAAUGUUCAGCUCAAGUGGAACAACACGUUGAGGAAUAUCAUUCUGAGGUACAUGCACCAGGUCGGUCAGCGGAGGGGUUUUGUUUACUACCUCUCCCGGCCCGCGGUCAAGUUUAUCCUGGACUUGGUGGAUGAGCAGACUAAAUCCAAGACUGCGGCUACGCCGACGGGGACGGGCAAGUCACCGGAUGCGAACGGUAAAGACCGGGAUAUUCAAAAGGAUAUUGAGGAUAGGAUCCGAAAGAUUCUAGGGGACGGGAAGAAGUUCUCGGGGUCGACGGGGAAUAUCGACGCGCAGCAUCCGGCCAUGGCGGACUUGUCGGGUGGCAUUGCGGAUGAGUUUACGACGCAGAAUGCUUACCAUGUCCGGUUGAUUGCCCCGCAGAUUCAGCUGCAGAGCGACAAGAACAAGAAGCAUGUCGUGCUCACCACGGCCAAGGGGAUGGAGCUCAAGGUGGUGGACGUCCUCGAAAAGAGCCGGAUCUCGGAUAACGUCAGCGGUCUGGUGCAGAGGAGGUUCCUGGUCAACAUGGACAGCACACAGUUCUUUGUGACGCAUCAAAAGUGGUUCAGCACGCAACUGGUGUCAAUGUACUCGGGCAACACGUACGGGACGCCGGCGGGGAGCUCGUGGCCGCCGUGGGUGCCGAUGGAGGUCAUGUUUGACUUCCAGGCGGACCCGUUCGGGUUCAAGAGGGUGGUGCAAAAGACUUCGGCCAUGCUGAGGUAUGAUAAGUACAACACCCUGAGGCUGAAGUACAAUGACGAGGUCAACACGAGCGAGGCGGCGGCGGUGGACAAUCUGAGCCAGGCCGGCAGCGCGCAGGAGAGCAGGACGGACAACCUUUGGGUUGAGUUCCCUCAGGCGCACGCGCUGUGCAACUCGUCGCAGUAUUAUGCCAUCUAUGUCAUUGUGUUGGACUUGCUGAUGUACAGCGAGCCGUUGGAGAAGACGAGGAAUGAGAGGCUGGAGAAGAUCAUGCUGGCGUCGGACUUUAGCGAUUUGAGGGGGGCGCCGGAGAUGGUGAUUAAGCUGCAGGAGAGGGUGAGGCAGCUGGAGGACAUCAAGACGCACUUCCAGACGCACUCGAGGCAGAUGGACGAGAAGGGGUGGCAGGAUAGGUUGGUGCUGGAGCGGGAUCUGGCCGCGUGCGAGGAUGAGCUGUUCUUUAUGAUGAAGGCCAUCACGACGAGCCAGAGGAAGUUUGAUCACUCGACCAGCAGCGCGCUGUUGAAGUGGAGCAUCACGGCCAAGGAGAUUGUGUGGCAGUUGAUCAGGGACAACAAUGAGCCGCUUGUUGAGCUGCAGUUGAAGGACGUCGAGUAUGACCGGACGGACAACUCGGAUGGGUCGCAUAUCAAUUUGAUUCAGGUGGGGAGGAUACUGGGGUUGAAUCUGCUGCCUGAUGCCAUCUAUCCGGCCAUGAUUGCGCCCUACUUUGAGCCGAGUGCUGGGGUGGUGGACAUUGAGACGAAGCCGAUGAUAAGGGUGUACUGGAAUAUGCUGGAGGCUAUCGCCGGUAUUCCCAUCAUGGAUCACUUUGAGGUCAAUCUGUUUCCGCUCAAGGUUCAGCUUGAACGAGAGGUGGGCAAGAAGCUGUUUGAGUAUAUCUUCCCGGGGAUUGACGGGGAUGCCCCGGCUGAGGGGAAGAACACGUCGCCUUUCAUGAUCAAGCAGUCGAUUCCUGGGGAGGAGGAGGAUGAGGGAGAUAACAUGUCCAUCAGCGAGUCUCUUGCGAAUCAGAUUACGGAUCACCUUACUGUUCCCGGGGAGCAGGAGCCGGAGAUUCCACAGUUCGAGACCCGGGCUGGUUCGCUUGAGCUGAGACUUCGUCCGACGUUGACUUCGGAUCCUGACGAGGACCCCCCCAAGCACAAGGCUUUGAGCAUCCACUCUGGCGAGGGGACAUCCUUCCGACUCUUCCGCUCGGGGACCGGCUUCAAGGCUGUGAAUAAGAAACGGUCGUAUGACUCCCUUCGCGGCAGCACCCCCAGGCCGGGUGUUAGCCGGACCGGCACAGGCUUCUCCUCCAAUAUCUCCAUCUCGGGCGAUUCUCGCAAGGGCUCCCGCUUCGGCCUCCGCCACCGGUCAACUGCUACGGAUGAAGAAAAGGCCAAGGCCCGAUCAGACGAUCUCACCAAGAUGAUCGACCGCGCCUCCAACUACAUGACUUUCGCUUACAUCAAGAUGCCCUCUGUCGUCCUCUGCGUCUCCUACAAGGGCAAGGGCGAGCGCAACUUUGAAGACGUUCAUGACUUCGUCUUCCGGAUGCCAACGAUUGAGUACCGCAACAAGACCUGGUCCAACCUCGACUUGGCUCUCGCGCUCAAGAGCCGGGUGAUCAAAGCCCUGAUCAGCCACACGGGUGCCAUCAUUGGCAACAAGUUCUCGAAACAUCGGCCUAACAUUGCUCAGCAGUCCAAAAAUUGA